AUGUUAUCCCGCCGCGCCCUCACCGUCCUCGCCCUCGUCACGGUCACUGCCGUCGUCUUCCUCGUCUCCUCGAGAAGACUCGGCGCCGACUGGGCAAUCGAAGGCCCCAACUAUCACCCAUUCCAGCAAGGCCAUGGUCCCGCGCCUCCGCCAGGGAGCUCUCCGAGCGCCGGCCCCGGUGGACGCCCUCCUCCCCCGGGCCCUACAGGACCUACAGGAGGAAAGCCCGUCCAAGAAGACGACGCCGCCGCCCAGCACAACGUGACGAACCAAGACAUCCCGUACCGCCCUCACGAUCCCGUCUGCGAUACCUUCCCCGACACGAGCAACAUCCUCGUCAUCAUGAAGACGGGCGCCACCGAGUCCUUCGACAAGGUCCCCACUCAGCUCAUGACCAUGCUCAAGUGCCUGCCCGAGUUCUUCAUCUUCUCCGACCUCGAUCAGACCAUCGCAAACUACCACGUUCGCGACAGUCUCGACAGUGUUCUCCCCGACGCCAUGGACGGAAACAAGGAUUUCGACCUCUACCGCCGCCAGAAGGCCUGCCAAGCCGACCAGCAAAGCUGCAACAAGCUCGCCGAGUCCAAAGACGAGGGCUGGAACCUGGACAAGUACAAGAACGUCCACAUCGCCGAGAAGACGUACAACAUGCGUCCCAACUACGACUGGUACGUCUACAUCGACGCCGAUACCUACGUCUUGUGGCCUACCCUCGUCCAGUGGCUCAAGAAGCUCGACCCCAAGAACAAGCACUAUCUUGGCAGUGUCACCAUGAUUCGCAACUUUGUCUUUGGCCACGGCGGAUCCGGUUACAUCAUCUCUCAGGCUGCCCACCACGACAUGAUUGCGGGCAAGCACAAUGUCGGCAACCAGUGGGACGUCCGCGCCAGCAAGGAGUGCUGCGGUGAUUACAUCUUUGCCCUGGCCAUGAAGGAGAACGCCGACGUCAACGUUCACAAUGUGUGGCCUACCAUCAAUGGCGAGAAGCCCUUCACGCUUCCCUACGGCCCGACGCACUGGUGCCACCCCAUCGUCACGAUGCACCACAUGAACGCCGAAGAAAUCUCCUCCUUCUGGGAGUACGAGCACAAGCGCUACUCCGACAAGAGCCUCCCGAACCCGCCGCCCGUCACGCGUAUCAAGGAUAUCUACUUCGAAUUCUUCGCACCAAAGAUGCAGCCUGAACGCGCCGACUGGGACAACGCCGCCGACGACCGCUUCUAUCUCGACGAGUCCGCCAACAAGCAUCAGGACUGGCAACUCAACCGCGCCAAGUUGGAUGAUUUGUCACCCGAGGAGAAGGACGCGCACAAGUCGUUUGCUCAGUGUCGCAAAGCCUGCGAAGUCGACGACGCCUGCUUCUCCUUCCAGCACAGAGACGGCGUCUGCGGCUUCAGCUGGGCCUGGAAGCUGGGCCACCCGGUGAAGAAGGAAUCCCAGGAGGAGAAGCGCCUGAUGUCCGGCUGGGACGUACGCAAGAUCAACGCCUGGAUCGAGAAGCAGGGCGAGUGCGGUCCCGUCAAGUGGCCCGAUGUCUGA